UCUGGUCCGUUUGAGGCACGCUGGAGCCGGGGAAGCCGGGACCUAGGCUCCGCGCUUCUGUAGUGGCUCAGAGACGGCGGCAGCCCCGGAUCGAGGGACUGGCACUUUGUCUUCAAGGCUGGAAGAGGAAGAGGAGGAGAAAGGGAGAGAGCUCCAGAGAGGUCCCUGUACAGGGCUGUGGCACAGCCCCACACUCAGCAGUGACAAAUAGCCGUCGCCAUGGAGAUCGUGUACGUGUAUGUCAAGAAGCGCAGCGAGUUCGGGAAGCAGUGCAACUUCUCUGACCGCCAGGCCGAGCUGAACAUCGACAUCCAGCCCAGCCCCGAGCUGGCCGAGCUGUUCGUGGAGCGGAACCCGGUGGACACGGGCACCCAGUGCUCUGCCAGCAUGUCGGAGCACGAGGCCAUUUCUUUUUGGUUCGAGAUGGAGACCCGGGGUGUCAACCAUGUCGAGGGCGGCUGGCCCAAGGAUGUGAACCCCCUGGAGCUGGAGCAGACGAUCCGCUUCCGGAAGAAAGUGGAGAAAGACGAGAACUACAUCAACGCCGUCAUGCAGCUCGGCUCGAUCAUGGAGCACUGCAUCAAGCAGAACAACGCCAUCGACAUCUACGAGCAGUAUUUCAACGACACGGAGGCGGUGGAGGUGACAGAAGAGGCCCCUUCCGCGAAAACCAUCAACGUUUUCAGGGAUCCCCAGGAGGUCAAGAGGACAGCCACGCACCUGUCCUGGCACCCGGACGACCACAGGAAGUUGGCAAUAGCGUACUCUUGCCUGGACUUCCAGCGGGCGCCUAUGGGCAUGAGCAACGACUCGUACAUCUGGGAUCUGGAAAACCCCAACAAGCCUGAAAUUGCUCUGAGGUCGUCUUCUCCGCUCAUCACCCUGGAGUACAACCCCAAAGACUCCCACGUGCUCCUGGGGGGCUGCUACAACGGGCAGAUAGCCUGCUGGGACACCCGGAAGGGCAGUCUGGUGGCCGAGCUGUCCACCGUGGAGUUCAGUCACCGGGAUCCUGUGUACGGCACCAUCUGGCUGCAGUCGAAGACAGGCACCGAGUGCUUCUCCGCGUCCACCGAUGGCCAGGUCAUGUGGUGGGACAUCCGGAAGAUCAGCGAGCCCACGGAGGUGGUGGUCAUGGACAUCACCAGGAAGGAACAGCUGGAGAACGCCUUGGGCGCCAUCUCCCUGGAGUUCGAGCCGACUCUGCCAACCAAGUUCAUGGUGGGCACCGAGCAGGGCAUCGUCAUCUCCUGCAACCGCAAGGCCAAGACAGCGGCCGAGAAGAUCGUGUGCACCUUCUCGGGCCACCAUGGCCCCAUCUACGCCCUCCAGAGAAACCCCUUCUACCCGAAGAACUUCCUGACCGUCGGCGACUGGACGGCGCGUGUCUGGUCUGAAGACAGCCGGGAGUCUUCCAUCAUGUGGACCAAGUACCACAUGGCUUACCUCACCGACGGCGCCUGGAGCCCCACGAGGCCAGCGGUUUUCUUCACCACCAAGAUGGAUGGGACGCUGGACAUCUGGGACAUUGUGUUCAAGCAGUGUGACCCUGCCCUCAGCCUGAAGGUAUGUGACGAGGCCCUCUUCUGCCUCCGGGUGCAGGACAAUGGGAGUCUCAUUGCCUGUGGCUCCCAGCUGGGGACAACCACCCUGCUGGAGGUCUCGAGUGGGCUCUCCACCCUCCAGAGGAACGAGAAGAACAGCGCCUCUGCAAUGUUCGAGCGUGAGACCCGGCGAGAGAAGAUCCUGGAGGCCAGGCACCGGGAGAUGCGGCUGAAGGAGAAGGGCAGGGCAGAGGGCAAGGACGAUGACCAGAGGUACGAGGAACCUGCCGUCGACCUGCAGGAGCUGGUGGCCAAGGCCGAGGAAGAGUUCUUCGACGUCAUCUUCUCAGAGCUGAGGAAGAAGGAGGUGGACGCCGUGAAGAAGUCAAAGCUGAAGCAAAAGCAAGCUGUGGACACAGACCAGGAGCCGGAGGAAGAGGACACAGGGCAGGAAGAAGGCGAGGAGGAGACGCCGGCCUAGACGCCAGCCUUGGACUGCAGUGUGGCCCCGAGCCCGCCGCCCCAGCCCUUGGUCUCGCCCGGGUCUUACAGGCGGGGGCUCAGCUCCUCUUAAAGCAUCCACACGUGUGCGGUGGAGCCGGAGGAUGGAGGCCCUGGCCAGCCCACCCGCACAGAGCGCUGGCCCACCCUGGCUCACUGGAGCCCAGCCUUAGGAGAGGGGAGGGACAGAACUUGAGCCCCACCCUCACAUGCCCAUCUUAGCCCCUGUCCCGAGCACACCAGAGGCCAAGGCCAGCCCCACUUCAGGUCCGCCCCAGCCCGGCCCUGCCAUUUCCUCUAAUUCAGACUCGCAGGCUUCUCUGACAGCCAUCACCUCCGGGAGCUUGAAAGCUUCAGCCGGGCUUGCCAGCCUCAGUGGGGCUUCGGGAAGACCUGGGGCUGGGAAGGGUCUCUCCUCUUUCCUGACCCUCCUUGUCCACCUGCAUGUCAGCAACUGGGAGCCCAUCCACGUCUACGAAGCCUUUCCCAGCACCUCCCAGGCACCCGCACACACAACCCUCCGGGGUCCCCAGAGCGUGUGCGUCUGUGGCUGGCUGGCCACCCUGUGCACCGCAGGCUGUCCCGGUCUCAGCUCUUACAUGAUUAAAUUAAGACCCGUACCGAUGGUCAGCGCGGCAGGCCUCCGGUGCAGGCAGCUUUCCUUGCUGCCCCGCGUCUUCCCUUCAGAGUCCCUGGUGCACGGACUUGCCUGUCACAGAGCCAUGAGGGCAGAGUGGGGUGGGAGUGCUGGCGAACCCCCACGGCAGUGCAGAGCCUUUGGGGGCCCCAAAGUGGACAGGGAGCUACCCCAAGGGCACCUUGAAACCACAGCUCAGCAGAGCUUCAUCAGAAACGUCACAGGGCAGAGGGCAUCUCCCAGCCCACGUUGUACCUGCAGUCCGACCGAUGCACCCUCUGUGGGUGCAGCUGAUCUUGACAGGAUCCACUGUGCCCCUCAGAAAUACCUGUGUUAGGACCAGCAGAUGGCGUAAUGGCU